ACUGCGGGGCUUUUGGUGCCAGAGGGCGCUGAGAUCUCAGCUGCAGCAGCAGCAACUAGGGGCGGAGCUCCGUAGUUCAGGGCGGAUCCCGCGGAGAGAUCAGCCGCCGGUUUCAGGAACGCGGAGAAGGAGCCGGGUCAGCGAGGCGCUGGGCGUCCUCCUCGGGGUUGGCACCACCGCCGCCGCCCGGGCAUGAGGAUGACGGUCGCUGCGGCGGGGGACGGGGGCUCGCCCAAUCCAGGCCCCGCGGCGGUGUCGCUGGGUCUAAGCGUGGCCGUGGUCUCCAGCCUGGUGAAUGGCUCCACUUUUGUGCUGCAGAAGAAAGGGAUCGUGCGCGCUAGAGGACGAGGAACUUCAUAUUUAACAGACAUAGUCUGGUGGUCAGGCACCAUUGCAAUGGCCCUUGGCCAAAUCGGGAAUUUCUUAGCCUAUACUGCAGUUCCUACUGUUCUGGUGACUCCUCUUGGAGCUCUGGGGGUUCCAUUUGGAUCCAUUUUAGCUUCCUACUUACUGAAAGAAAAACUCAACAUUCUUGGCAAGCUGGGCUGCCUGCUGAGCUGUGCAGGUUCUGUUGUUCUCAUAAUCCAUUCUCCGAAGUCUGAAAGUGUCACCACACAGGCCGAGCUUGAAGAGAAGCUCACAAAUCCAGUGUUCGUGGGUUACCUCUGCAUUGUCCUUCUCAUGCUCCUCCUGCUUAUCUUUUGGAUUGCACCUGCUCACGGACCCACCAACAUUAUGGUUUACAUCAGCAUUUGUUCAUUGCUAGGAAGCUUCACAGUGCCCAGUACAAAAGGCAUUGGACUAGCUGCUCAAGAUAUCUUUCACAAUAACCCAUCGAGCCAAAGAGCACUGUACCUCUGCUUGGUCCUGCUGGCAGUAUUAGGAUGUAGCAUCAUAAUUCAGUUCAGGUACAUCAAUAAGGCUCUGGAAUGUUUCGACUCCUCGGUGUUUGGUGCCAUCUACUAUGUAGUGUUCACUACUCUGGUCUUGUUGGCCUCAGCCAUCCUGUUCAGAGAGUGGAGUAAUGUUGGAGUGGUGGAUUUCUUGGGGAUGGCUUGUGGAUUCACCACUGUAUCUAUUGGAAUUGUUCUCAUACAAGUCUUCAAGGAGUUCAAUUUCAGUAUUGGGGAUUUAAAUAAGCCCAAUACGAAGACUGAUUGAUACCAUGAUAUCAAAAGGGACUGGAUGACCCAGAAAAUAAUAAAAGCCUUUCCACUUCUAGGCUAUGGGAAUGACAGAGACUUUGAUUUCUAAGCCCAGAGAACAACAGAGCCUUUCAUUCCUUGUUGGAAUGUGUGAAAUGAAUUGGCGUUCUCGAUCCAGUUUCUCUAGAACUAACUGUUAAUCAUGCUUCAACUAUCUAAAUGGUAUUAAAAUGGAAUACUCUCAUACCCCUCACGACAGGCGGGUAAGAACUGCAUCAGUGCAAAAGCUGGUGUAUUUCUUCAUCCUAGAAAGGUGAUGUAUACAGUGAAGGUUGAGGUGUUCUAGAAGUUUUCAAAAUGUCUUCCUGAAACAUGGUUGUGAAUAAAUUAAAUCCAGCGUCUGUGCUCCAUUGGGCAGGUGUAAUGAAUGAUAAGCUGUUCCUUUGAAAAAUGUAGAUACACUUCAGAAAUUUAGAUUGGAUUCCCCCCCCCCCCCAAUAUCUCUUUCGUUAGGUAGAAAAAUUCAUUUUUCUCACAGCUUUAUUUGAGGGUUCUUUAAAUCCAUGUUUCAGAAUCUGCACACUGGUAAAUUCCCUUCCUUCACUGACUUUCUCUGUCAUCUGGAACGGCGCCGAAGAGCUCAUAAUUAAGUCCAAGAUACAGUGCAGUGUAUUUGUCUCUCAAAAUAUUUUCUUACCAGCGCAUAGUUGCUCACACUUAAGUAAAUACAGCAGUUGGUUUACAGAUAUGCCUUUUUGUUCACAGUAAGCAUUUGAAGUGCAUUAACACAUUACAUGAAUUCAGGAGCUUUUAAUAAUCAACAGACAAGAAUGUUAGGAUCGUGGCAGAUUGUAACCACUUUUCUACUUUUUUUUUUAAUUGGUCAUUUGUAAAUAGUUGGAAAGUACUUCAGUGCCUUUUGCAUUCUAAAAAAGACCACGGCAGCACAAUUUCAUAUAUACUUUAGAGUCUGAAUUUAUAACUGAGGUGAUUGCGUGGUAACUUCCAUGCACCUCCUGUUGUGUGAGAGUUCUGAAGAGAGGUGUUCUAAAAUUGCCCAUUCACAGCCUUCCAGGUUUUUUUUUCUAACCAAGUAAACUACUUCAUAACACAGGUUAUGAAGUCAGGUUUUGAACUGGCACUUUUGCACUAUUCAGGGAAAAAGGAAGGUUGUGGUUAAGUGAUUCUGUAAGAGGAAAGAAAAAUGUUCAAUUCCUGUCAAGGAAAGUUUAGGCCUUUAGCCUAAGUAACACUUCAGUCAUCCAAAAUGUAGAGCCUGGAUAUUGCUGGAAAACAGUUCAGAUUUGCUUGAGACACAGAACUCGCUCGUUUUAGCAAAACGACUAGCUAAUUUGGUAUACCUGAUUCAGAUAUUAAGAAUUUACUUUGCUAUAUGCACCUUCAGAUUUCAUUUUAACAGCUUGAGGAUAUUUGAAUAUAUAUUAGUAAUUAAUUUUAACGCAUUUGACGUCGGACAUAGAAAGACAUUUUUCCUAUCAGUUCCAAAGAUACAUAACAUAGGUAUUGGAGUAUUGAUCCAAAUAUGCACACCUUUUCCUAAGUAUGCAAUACUUUUAAAAUUCUGUGAACUUGGAAGUUCAGUUUCUGUAUUCACAAAGCAAAUAAGGAAUCGAUGAAUUCAGAUUCCAGCUUCAACCUCAUUAAAAGCCACUCCUGUCCGGGCAAUAACGUUACUUACCCUGCGGGUGAAAGUUAAACAACAAAGUUAAACAACUGCAGCAUAGAGAGUUGUCGGUUUUCUACAUUAACGCAAAUAAUCAGCGCAGAAGUUCUGCAAUUCUUGUAAGGUUCGUCUGGAAAAUUACAAAUGGGAUGUCAGUUUCCAAAUUGAAUUUGAUAAAAUAAAAGGGCAUUUCUCAUGUUGCUUGAGAGUUUAUACAAGAGAUGUAUACUGUUAAUGUUUGGAUUGCCCAUAGGUAUCUCUCUCACCCGUGUCUACAUAUGUUGGAGUAGAUAAAUAUAAGCCACUUUAAAUGUGAUGGUGGUCACCACUCGUAACUUGUGAAAAGACCCUUAAUCAAGGGUCCACAAAUGUUGUGUUGGCUUGCAGGGUGAUAAUCACCAAAACCCUUCCCAAAAUCUCCUAACAUGAACAGAGGGCUUGGGAAAGAAGCAAGGUCUUCUCUUAUUUUUUGUAGGAUAUGGAGAAAGUAUGAAACAUUGGGAUUCUCUCCCAGUGCUUGGAAUGGAAUCCUGAUGUUUCUUACCUGCUUCAGAAGUGCAAUUGGGUUCGGAUUGGCUCACCAUGUGUCCUGCUCACCAGAGGACACUUGUCUGAGAAAGGUGGAUUUAUGGAUGACUGCCCUUAAUCAGUAUUCAUAAAGUUUAGGUAUUAGUUUUGUGUGGAAGCUUGCUGUUUGUGAUGGUAAGUUUCUGGAGGGAAUCAUUCCAAGGCACUGUAUUUUUUAAACAAGGUGUGCUUGACAUUUCAAGUUUUUAAAAGAAAAUCAUUGAGAUGUGGUAAUUCUUUUCUUGGUUUUUUUUUAAAAAAGAUAUAUAUCCAGAGAUUAAAUUGCAGUUGAUUGUUUUCCCCCCCUAGCCUUUGACUUAUGAUGACCUCAGUUUAGUUUUCCUUAAUGUAGGUAGGCACAUGGUUAUGAGCGUUAUCUCAUUCUAGAAAUUAAAACAAAUGCUCGUGUGCAUUACUGUUCUCUACGAAAAAGUGCCUAACCAAGUAUGCUGGUACUUAUGCACAUUUAAAAUUCUAUACAAAGGUAUUCUUGACUGAAUGAGGCAUUGUCAGUCUAGGCCUGGGAUGGCUAAGGGGGGAAGGUUGCCACUCUGUCUUCCCAAUAAUGUUUCAGGGGCAGAAAUCUAUUUUGCCACCCAAACAUACCCUGUCAGGCUCCAUAAUAAAGAUUAUGCCAUCUGGAAGGAAGCUCUUUACAAUUAUGGAGAGUGUAUGUUUGUGUGCUCAAGCAUAAUAAAGACAAAUAUAUAUAUAUAUGCUUAUGUAUAACAAACAUGCUGCAGACAAAUCCGAGAGAGAUGUAGCGUUAAAGUAUGGGAUUUAUCUCAUUCUUCCAACUGAAAUUUUUUUUUUUGCUUUCCUUAAGAGUGUAUAUAUACUUGAUUUACCACCCCUUGAUUUUAAAAGGGAAGGGCCGACAGGUAAAAAUGACUGUGGAGCCUGCCAGCUGGCCAUUCCUUCUCUGGUCAGUAGAGCAUGGCAAGUCCAUUUGUGGUGCUGUCACCUUUCUGCAACGCACCUACUCUCUGCUUGUGACACUUUUUGAACUGGUUUAAGUAGGUUGAUUUCUGAUAUUUGGGCCUCGUUUUUAGGUGCAGUGAGAUGACCUCGAGGCCAAAAGCCAGAAUGUUCUGACAUAUUUUUAGAGACCUUGCACAUAAUUUGACAUUUUGAAUGGCAUUUGACAUUUUGAAUGGCAAAUAGAUGCAUUUAUUUUUGUUACAGUGUUCAGCUGAUAGUUUUCCCUUCCAUUUUUUUUUUUGGGGGGGGGGUUGGUUACCCUGUGUGAAGGUCAGUUUUCCUGAACUCCGGGUGUAAAAUAAUCAACAGUAAUAGUAAUGCUAGUAAACAAUACGUUUCUUCCAUUCCCUGAUCUUCCUCUGUUGUUACUACUUUGGUUGUUUGUGUGUUUUAAGUUCCUUACAGUAUCGAUUGGUGUCCCAUACUGGGAAAUAAAUAUGUAUGCAGUUAUCGCCUCAACUUCAGUCUUCCUCAAACUUUGACAUGCACUUUCUAGGUUGCAUAGUUUGUGCACAUUGAUUGUACAGGAACCUAGGCACUUAAAACAUUUUCAUAAGCUUGGGCUCUAAUUAUUUUAAGUGGACCAUAUAUUCAUGGAAGGGCAUUGCACUAUACAGUAGUUGAGCAUGCUCUAAAGGCAUUUCAUAGCAUAUUUAUGAAGUAUGAUAAUGAUGUAUAGAAGACACUUAAUUCUGUUGAGAAACAUGUUGUAGGAUUUACAUAUUUAUCCCCUGCUGUAUUGACUUUCUUUAAGUCUAAUAGUAAUAAACCUUUCUGAUGAAGCCAAAAAACAUUUUUGUAAUAUCCUAAAUACAACACAAUAUUCUAUGUGUUUUUUUAAAGCAAACCAAGGUUGCAACUCACAGCCUGCUUACACAGGAAUACUUUUUUUGUAGACUUUGGGCACAAUCCACUAACAAAUACUUAGAAACUUGAUAGAGCAACUCCAGAAAUACUUAAAACAAAGGCUGUAAUUCUUACUUGGACUAGGGAGCAAGUAUCAUUAAAGAAUGUGGGACUCAGUUCUUAAUAAAUAUGAAGUGCUCUUUAAUUGGC